UAUCGAUUUAUUAUCGCAACUGUAUGGUUUUCGUUGGUUUUCCUGCAAUUUCACGGCAUUUUUGUAAAUUCCUUAAUAUGUCGAAGAGCGCACUGGUUAUUUUGGCUCCCGGGGCCGAGGAAAUGGAGUUCAUCAUAGCCGCCGAUGUUCUGAGACGUGCAGGGAUCAAGGUCACCGUGGCCGGAUUAAACGAUGCGGAGCCGGUAAAAUGCUCUCGGGAUGUUCAAAUCAUUCCCGAUACCUCGCUGGCCAAAGUGUCUGCGGAUAAAUUCGACGUGGUGAUUCUGCCUGGAGGAUUGGGUGGCUCCAAUGCCAUGGGCGAGUCCUCGGUGGUUGGGGAAAUCUUGAAGAGCCAGGAGUCCAGCGGAGGGCUCAUCGCCGCCAUUUGUGCCGCCCCCACCGUUUUGGCCAAACAUGGAAUCGCUUCCGGAAAGUCCCUCACUUCGUAUCCCUCGAUGAAACCGCAGCUGGUUGAUAAGUACAGCUACGUGGAUGACAAGAACGUUGUGAAAGAUGGAAAUCUCAUCACCAGUCGGGGUCCUGGAACCGCAUACGAGUUUGCUCUUAAAAUCGCCGAAGAGUUGGCUGGAAAAGAAAAAGUCCAGGAGGUUGCAAAGGGUCUGCUGGUAGCCUACAACUAAAUCACUAUGUCUAUUUCGCAAUCGGAGAUUCUCGGUUAAUAUUUAUUAAAGCCCUAUACCAUUGAUGUAAUCAAGAACUGAAUUAAAAUUUUGUUGAACAAAGGCAAUGCUAAUAAAUGCUAUUUAAAAUGGUAAA